CGAGACGCUGAUUAGAUUUAUCAGAUUUAGUUGAUUUCGUAAAAAUGUGUGGGCCUGUGCGCUGGUUGUGUGAGAUAAUGCUAUAUUAUUUGAAUCCGCAAUGCCAGCCCUGGCGAAACAUCUCUUCAACAAGUAGCCUAGCCUACGGUGUUGCUCCAUAAAAGAACAGCGCUGUGUAGAUAAAUGUGUCGAUCCAUCAGAAGGGAAGGGUAGCCUACAUUUUUUUCCCCGGAGAAAGGACAAAUCGGGAUAAGGAGGCUAUUUUUCAGAAGGGACAUCGUCAGGACAGUAAAAUGUAAUUUCGGGGGAAGCAACUUCAGUCCCUACCAUUUCUUACUUUGCUCAAACAAAGUCUUUCUGGAUAACAUCUCAAAGGAAUAUCAUACUCUCAAGUGUUCAAAGAGACUGUUGGGAUAUUUUUUGAUAGCUUUUGAGGCUUCUCAGCCCUAGGAUCUGUACUAUCGUGCUACAUUACACCUGAGGACAUGUCUGCUGUGCGGCUGCUGCUCCUGUCUCUGCUUUGUGCCCUCUUUGUGUCCCUGUGCCAUGGGGCCUGUGCAGAGGUGGACUCGGACACUGAGGCCGUUGCAGGCAAAGGGUUCAAACUGGGCUGCAUCUCCUGUAAGAUGAGGCCCGAGGUGGAGGCUUCUGCCACGGUCGACUGGUAUUUCAAGGCCAAAGGGGAAGCUGACUUUGCUCAUAUAUAUAAUUACGAUGAGGAGGGCCAGCACAUUGUGGAUGAGCGCUUUGAGGACCGCGUGGACUGGAGCGGCAGUAAGCAGAGCAAUGACAUACAGGAUGCGUCCAUCUACCUCUUCAAUGUCACCUUCAAUGACUCGGGCACCUACCGUUGCUUCUUCCACCGGCUCCUGACGUACGAGUUCUACGAAUACCAGACCGUUGUCAGCAAGCUUGUGCACCUGACAGUGGUGGCUAAAGCCACCAGAGGGACAGCCUCCAUAGUCUCUGAGGUGAUGAUGUACGUGUCCAUCAUCGGGCUACAGGCUUGGCUCUACAUAGAGAUGGUAUACUGCUACAGAAAGAUCUCUGCUGCAGGAGAGGAAGCAUUACGAGAAAGCGCGAAUGCGGAAUAUUUAGCUAUUGCCUCGGAGAGUAAAGAUAACUGUGGUGUGCAAGUGGCAGAAUAACCCAGGAAUUCAAGCAGUGCCAUCUACAUACUGGCCACAUCACCGAUACGACCCCUUGUUUUGCAUGACCCGGAAGAUGUAUAGUAUCUUUGAAUCUUUAUUACCUUUCCUGUUACAAUGUUAAUGGAUAAAUGUGAUAUGAUGACAUGAUUACUUUUAGAGUAGUAUGUGUAUGAAUCCUAUUUUUCAGUUGUAAUGGUAUCUCCCUCUAAAGUGUAUGUACAUUUAUAUUAAGAGGUAUUGUGAGCAUAUGGACACAAGGCGAGACCCAAAUGCAGGCACAGGAAGCAGAUGGUUGAGCUCCAAUAUUUAUUGAUCCAAGGGGUAGGCAAAAUGUAGGUCAGGGACAGGCGGGAGUUCACGAACUGGGUCAGAGUCCAAAACAGUACCAGGCGAAGGACAGUCUUGAGGUCAGGUCAGACAGGGGGUUCAGUAACCAGAUUGGAGUCCAAACAGUAUAAGGGGAUAGGCAGGCUUAAAGACAGAACAGGCAGAGUGGUCAGACAGGCAGGUUCAGAGUCCAAACAUGCAAGGGUCAAAACCAGGAGGACUAGAACCAAAAGAGACUGGGAAGAAAUAGGAGCAAGAAAAACUGCUGGUUGACUUGGCAAACAAGGCAAACUGGCACAGAGAGACAGGAAACACAGAUAUAUACACCGGGGAUAAUAAGCAACACUUGGAGGGGGUGGAGACGAUCACAAGGACAAGUGAAACAGAUCAGGGUGUGACAGUGAGAGAAUUAAUCUGAUUAAAGGGUUAUCGCGAGAUCACCUUGGAAUUAGAACACUAGAAUGGACAUGAACUUUCUUAUGAUAGAGUAAAAGGUCAGCCAUUUUGGUAAAGGAGUUGGUCAACCACAAUGUUCAGCGAGUGCUGUGAGAAGAUGUUAUUUAAAACAAUGAAUUUAAAACAAUGACUGAAAAUUAUAUGCACAGUAAUGUUUAUUAGCUAGCUAGUCUGCCAGUUUUAGUAGAAUGAUUCCAUCAUUUUUUUCUAAAUGACUGCCAAUAUGUCUGACAUUCCAAACAAACAAUGUAGUCAAUACACAGGCUGAAAUCAGUUGGUGAUAUGACUUAGACAAAAUGUAAAUGCAACAACUGAUAUUGUAUUAUAUUAUAAGAUUCACAACUUUCCAAGAAAACAAACAUUGAAAACAUUUUUGAGGCAAUUUAUACAGAACAUUUCUAUAAAACCUGUAUUUACAGGUCAAAAGAUUGGACACCUACUCAUUCCAGGGUUGUUCUUUAAUGUUACUAUUUUCUAACACAUGGAAUAAUGUAGUAUCCAACAAAUUAAAAUAUGUUUUACAUUUUAGAUUAUUCAAUGUAGCCACCCUUUGCCCAUGAUGACAGCUUUGCACAAUCUUGACAUUCUCUCAACCAGCUUUAUGAGGUAGUCAUCUGGAAUACAUUUCAAUUAAUUAGGUGUACCUUGUUAAAAGUUAACAUGUGGAAUUUCUUUCCUUAAUGCUUUUGAGACAAUCGGUUGUGUUGUGACAAGGUAGUGGUGGUAUAGACAAAAUACCAAGUCCAUAUUAUGGCAAGAACAGCUCAAAUAAGCAAAGAGAAACGACAGUCCAUCAUUACUUUAAGAAAUUAAGGUCGUCAAUCUGGAAAAUUUCAAAAACGUUGAAAGUUUCUUCGAAGUGCAGUUGCAAAAACCGUCAAGCGCUAUGAUGAAACUGGCUCUCAUGAGGACCCCCACAGGAAAGGAAGACCCAGAGUUACCUCUGCUGCAGAGAUGAAGUUCAUUAGAGUUACCAACCUCAGAAAUUGCAGCCCAAAUAAACUAUUCACAGAGUUCAAGUAACAGACACAUCUCAACAUCAACUGUUCAGAGGAGACUGUGUGAAUCAGGCCUUCAUGGUCAAAUUGCUGCAAAGUAACCACCACUAAAGAACACCAAUAAUAAGAAGAGACUUGCUUGGGCCAAGAAACACGAGCAAUGGAUAUUAGACCGGUGGAAAUCUGUCCUUUGGUCUGAUGAGUCCAAAUUCGAGAUUUUUAGUUCAUUGUGAGACGCAGAGUAGGUGAAUGGAUGGAGGAGGACUGUGAUGGUGUGGGGGUGCUUUGCUGGUGACAGUGAUGUAUGUAGAAUUCAAGGCACACUAGACCAGCAUGGCUACCACAGCAUUCUGCAGCAAUAUGCCAUCCCAUCUGGUUUGAGCUUGGUGGGACUUUCAUUUGUUUUUCAACAGGACAAUGACCCAACACACCUAAAGGUUGUGUAGGGGUUAUUUGACCAAGAAGGAAAGCAAUGGAGUGCUGCAUAAGAUGACCUGGUCUCCAUAAUCACCAGACCUCAAACCAAUUGAGGUUGUUUGGGAUGAGUUCGACCACAGAGUGAAGGAAAAGCAGCCAACAAGUGCCCAGGUGAAGCUGGUUGAGAGAAUGCCAAGGGUGUGCAAAGCUGUCAUCAAUGCAAAAGGUGGCUACUUUGAAGAAUAUCAAAUAUAUUUUGAUUUGAUUAACACUUUUUGGGUUACUACAUGAUAACAUAUGUGUUAUUUCAUAGUUUAUGUCUCCACUAUUAUUCUACAAUGUAGAAAAUAGUAAAAAUAAAGAAAACCCCUUGAAUGAGUAGGUGUGUCAACUUAUGACUGGUACUUUUUAAUUAUGACCAUAUUUAGGUUGACAAUAAUUCUAUUACACAAUUUCUGAUAUAUCACCUGCCUUACUUUUAUUUUCCUGCAUAAGUAAAAGCAGGAAAUGCAUCACCUCUACUGCCAUUCAUUCAAAUUUUAUUUUACUACAAUGACUGCCAUUAUCAUCCCAUUCUUGAACUUUGAGGGUUUAUUACAUACCCGCUCAAGAAAUGUCAUAGGACCUCUAUGUAUUAAUAAAUCCAUCCACUCCACCUGUUGUAUGUCUUCUAGAUAAUGCACAAUCAUCACGAAAUGUACUACACUUCAAAAGGUAUUUAUAAUAGAAUGUGAUUGAUUGUGAUAGACUGUCUACAAUGUACAGUGUUGUGAUGAUAAAUCAAAAAAUAAACCUCAUUGAAGUGAA